ACAAGUGAUAAAACCGCUCUCCGGGUCAGCGCCGUCGGUGCGGGUGGGCGCGCUGGGAGGCACCGGCGAUACAGCUGAGGGCAAGCAGCCGGGCAAGUCGCGCCAGAAGAAGUUCCAGAGGCACUUCCCUCAAGUCGGCCCGGAGGAGCGAGUGCUCAAUUAUUACUCCUGUGCACUACUCGGCGAUCUACUCCUACAAGGGCACCUGUACAUCACGAUGAACUACUUCGCUUUCUACUCCAACGUCUUCGGCUAUGUGACCAAGCUCCUCAUCCCCACCACAUCAGUCCUCCGGAUAACAAAAGAAAAAGUCGCGAGGAUAAUCCCGAACGCGGUGGGCGUAUGCACGCGCGAUGAACGCCACGUGUUCGGCUCGCUGCUGUCGCGAGACUCCACCUACAAGCUGAUGAUGCACGUGUGGAAGGCUGCAAGAGUGCCAGAGCUGGCGGUGCCCAAGCCACAGGAUCUCAGGACGUCAGAAGUGGAGCUGGACCCUUCAGAGUAUUCGCCAGAGGAUGACAGCAGUUCCGCUGGCGGAGACCAGCCAGAUACACCUUCGCCGCCCGUGCGAAGAGAAUCUGAGGCCAUCAUCACUGCUGGAGCAGCAGUGAUUCAGCCGGCAUUGCUAACCGGAUCGGCCGCGCCGCGCAAACCGCCGGUACGCUGGGGGCGAACAUUACUCGUGUGCGCGUUUGUAAUGCUCGCGCUCUCCGCCAUAGUGCUGUCGUACAAGCUGUAUGUGGCGCGCGCGCAUUCGCAGGAGGAGCUAAGCAAGCUAUCAGGCGAGGAGCUAUAUUCAGAACUAGUCAGAUGGCGGGCGCGGCUUCACGGCCGAGCGGCGGGCGAGCUACACGCGUUCCUUACUACCAACCUGCUGUUGCUCACCAAGGUCCGACAAUCACUCGAAGCACUAUCGGGUGUCAUACUAACGGACAUGGCUCAACCCGGUCACCAUACUGACGUGCCCAACGAAACCGUCUUCAGUUAGCGCCGCCAACCGACCCUGGAUUAAAGUAAGCGUAAUAAACCACAUGAGCGAGCUAAUAAACCAUAUGAGCGAGCUAAAAGGCCACAUGAGCGAGCUAAUAACCAUAUGAACGAGCUAAUAGGCCACAUGAGCGAGCUAAUAGGCCACAUGAGCGAGCUAAUUGGCCACAUGAGCGAGCUAAUAGGCCACAUGAGCGAGCUAAAAGGCCAAAUGAGCGAGCUAAUAAACCAUAUGAACGAGCUAAUAGGCCACAUGAGCGAGCAAUAAGCCUCUGGAGUGAUAAAAAAUAUGUCAAACUACAGUAUUCACUACGCUACUCAAGAAAUAGUUAUCCUAUCAUGUGAGAAUGAUAAACCAACAGAUGCAAAUGUAGUAACUAAGGAUAAGCAAAGCUAGGGUAGCUCAACGGGAUAGUUAACCAAGCUAGGAUAGCCAAGCGAGCUAGGUUAGCCAAGUGAGUGGAGAUUGUCUGAAUUAGGGCUCCCAAAUAAGCUAGGAGCCAAGUAAGGAUAAUCCAGCAAGCUAGGGUAACCGUUUGAGCUAAGAAUUCCCAAGCGAGCUAGGACUAGCAAGCUAGGGUAGCCAGAUAAGCUUAAAUAUUGCAGAAUAAUGCUGGAAGGACCUCUCAAACCUAAUGGUUAAACAAAAAGCAAGCAAUUUUAUACUGAACAGUGAUAAAGGUCAAAAUGCGGGUCAUUUUAUUAGUGGUAUGCCAUAAGCACUUAAAAAAAACGUGAUGCAAAAUAGUAAAAAUAAAUACUUUAAUCUUAUUUUUCAAUCAUCAAUCCACUUGUUGUAUAACGCAGUACAUUCAUGGUUCGUAUAAACAAUAAACAUAAGCAUAAAAUAUUAAUUUAUUGAUGUAUAAUAAUAUACAAAGAUUUGUAUACGUCCAUUGUCUUUAAAGUUAGUGUGACGAAGAGGCAUGCAAGAAUUCCAACUUGGUUUUGUAGCAUCAAACUAAAAAUUGUAAAUGUAUGUUUGUUAAGAACUGGAUAGCAAAAAAGGCAUUUCGUAAACUGGAUUUAAUUGCUCUUAAAAUCUAAAUUCAUUGUGUAUGAGUGUGCGCUCAACAUUAAUAUGACAAUGUAUGAUACGUAAAAAUGAACUGUUUGUUUUUAUGAUUAUUAAUUUAGUUCCGUUAUGUGUGGUAAAAAAAAGAUAUGCAAUAUUUAAAAUGAAGUUUAUUUCAACGUAUUCAAAUUGCUUUUUCUAUGGUUUGCUCCUCAUUGGUGUAAGUAAAUGUGAAAUGUAUAUAGUGUAAUCUGAGUCGGUGUGUGCCUUUAAGGCACUGUGUACGUCAUAUUAUUGUGUCAAACACAUUAUACUAAGGGUGUGAGCUAAGGCCAAAAACGCGUAGAUUCGUCGGGUAAAUGUGUAGAAAAAUUGUAAAAAUGUUGUAACGAAUUAAUCUUUGAUAGCUCAAGUGGAAAUUCAUCGUGGGACAGAUAUUUUUACA